GGUCUUGCCUCAGGUCCCCUUGUGCUGGGAUUACAGGCUUGUGUUACCAUGCCCGCUAUAUCUCUUUCCUAUUUCUCAUGGAACACUGGAAGUUGGUAUCACUCUCAGACACUUUCAAUCUCUUGCCACAUUUAUUGAACCCAGAAUUUGCUCUGUGUGUGCCUGCACGUGUGUGAGUAGGGAGGAAGGAGGAGGAGGUGGUAGUAGAAGGGCAAGAUGAGGAGAGGGUCAGAACCUGUGAUUCCUUUGAGAGUAUCAGAACAUGCUUCCCAAGAGAUGGCACUAGCAGAAGGUGUAACUUGCAAAGUCACGCACAUUUAUUUUAAGCAGAUCAAACAUAUAGUUUGAGAAAACAGUUGUGCAUGUGGAAUCUGAAAGCAUUUUCCGUUUUGAGCUUGAGGAGAUCGACUACCUAGUGGUAUAACCUAGAGAAGCAAUUGGGCUUGUCAAAAGAGGAAGCUAGAGAUGAGGACCUGGGAAAAUGAGCACAGAACAUAGGAGCAGAGCAGGAGUCACGCUCCCAAACCCACAAGGACCUUCCAGUGCCUCUGAAAUCGAAGUCUUGGACGUGUCAAGUGAAAAACCGCUACCAAAGAAGCCGGUCUCCCCCCAACCACCACCACAGACAUGGCUGACUUUUUUGAAGAGAGAGUUGCAGUUCCUGGGGGUGAUACAAAUUCUGAUUGGCUUGAUAUGCCUUUGUUUAGGCAUAAUUGUCUGUGCUGUACUUGAUAUAUCAGACUUUGAAGAAAAAAUAUUUUUAUCAUUUAGAGCAGGAUAUCCAUUCUGGGGAGCUGUAUUGUUUGCUGUUUCUGGAUUGUUGUCAAUCGUAUCUGAAAAGAAGAAGGCAGUGAAUCUGGGGAGAGGCAGCCUGGGAGCAAACGCGGUCAGCAGCAUUGCGGCAGGAAUAGGAAUCGUCAUUCUGAUCCUCAACCUAAGCCACAGCGCAGCUUACAUCAGCCAGUGCGAAGACCUUCAAGAAGAUGACACCUGCUUUGUGGCUUCUUUUACCAUUGAAAUUGUGUCUGUGAUGCUGUUUCUUACCGUCCUGGGAUUUUGCAGUGCUGUGUCCCUCACAAUCUAUGGAAUCGGAGAAGAGUUAGAUGGAAAUAAGGUUCCAGAUGAUCGUAUUUAUGAAGAACUAAACAUUUAUUCACCAAUUUACAGUGAGUUGGAAGAGAAAGGAGAAACAUCUUCUCCAGUUGACUCCUAAGAAUCAUCUUUCCAGAGCAUUCUGAUUCACAGUGAAGAUUUUAGAGAGCCCAGGUUUUUCAAUAACUUUUAAGAGGCUGUUGUCAAAAUGUCUCUUCUCUUCAGAGUCUACCAGUAUUACAUUUAUGCUCUAGAAUGGUGAUAUUUUUAUUUUGUGGAUUCUAGUCCCCUAUUUCCUCUCUUGUGUAUACAUAUAUAGAAACUUAGACACUAAGCUUCUUGUUUUGUAUUAUAAUCUCAUACCCAUUCCUCUGGGAAGCCCACAUGUAAGAAGUGGAGAUUUUUACCCAUUUACAAUUGUGUAAAUGGAGAAGAGAAGAAGGAAGAUAGCUGAGAGUUGGACUAAAUUGACACUGUGAGAGCGUAUUUGGUUAUUUGUUUCUGUUAGAGUUCUCAACACAUACAGUUGUGA